UAAAAAAGACUCACGUUCCACAUUUUAAUCUAUUUAUAGAGUCUUUGUAGUUUCAGUAUCAUCAUCAUCAUCAUCAUUCAACACACACACACACACAAAGAUGCCGAUUAACAAGAGAGUUCUGACACCAGUCGCCGCCGUUCCGGUUAUUUUAGCCGUCCUUUGCUUUUUCUUCUGGGCAUCAAUCAUCCAGUCGGACAACAUAAAGGGCUCGAAACAUGUUCUCCAAGAUGCUAAGACCAUUCCUCUUCCCGCCUAUGGACCAGAGAGCUUAGAGUUCGAUCUGAAAGGUGAAGGCCCUUACGUCGGCGUCACCGACGGUCGUAUCCUCAAAUGGCGAGGUGAAGAACUUGGCUGGGUCGAGUUUGCACAUACUUCCCCUCACAGAGAUAACUGUUCGAGGCAUGAGGUGGUACCAAGUUGUGGGAGACCAUUGGGACUUAGCUUCGAUAGGAAAACAGGAGAUUUGUACAUAUGCGAUGGUUACUUCGGGCUCAUGAAGGUCGGACCAGAGGGAGGCUUGGCCGAGUUACUUCUUGAUGAAGUUGAUGGAAAUAAAAUUAUGUUUGCCAACCAAGGGGAUAUAGACGAAGAGGAAGAUGUUAUCUAUUUCAAUGAUAGCAGCGAUACAUACCACUUCGGGGAAGUAUUCUACGUGUCUAUGUGCGGGAAGAAGGAGGGAAGAGUAAUUAAAUACAAUAUGAAGACAAAAGAGGCCAAAGUUAUUGCGGAAAAUCUUCUGUUACCAAAUGGUCUAGCUCUAAGCAAAGACGGAUCGUUUGUAGUCACAUGCGAGAGCAGUUUGAACUCCUGCCGUAGGAUAUGGGUCAAAGGUCCCAAAUCGGGGACAAACGAGAUUUUCGCGAGUCUCCCGGGGAGCCCAGACAACAUCCGGCGUACGCCAUCGGGGGAUUUCUGGGUCGCAUUACAUAGCAAAGACAGUUUGUUCAGUCGUGUGUGUCAGUUCCACCCUUGGAUCGGGAGGUUUUUCAUGAAGGUAAUGAAGAUGGAGACUGCGAUUCAUCUCACCAACGGAGGAAAACCUCAUGGAGUUGUCGUGAAACUCGCUGGAGAGACGGGAGAGAUUCUUGAGAUACUUGAGGACAGUGAAGGGAGCGCGGUGAAGUAUGCUAGUGAGGCUUAUGAGACUAAAGAUGGAAAGUUAUGGAUCGGGUCUGUAUUUUGGCCGGCCGUUUGGGUUCUUGAUACAUCUGUUUAUGCUUCCAAAUGAGUUAAACAAAUCAUCACUUAGUUGUGUGAUUUGUUUGUCAGCGGGAACGCAUCUUGUUUUAUAUCUUCUUGUUGUGUGAGUCAAUUCUGAUGAGAACUUGGAUUCUGCAAAUUUUUGUUUCAUUUGAUCUUGGUCUCUUCUUCAUUUCA